AUAAAUAAAGCUAAAAAACCACCACGUCAUCAUCUCAUUCUCAUAUUUGCUGCCUACUUCAAUAUAAUAUUACUACCAAAGCAAAGCUAUUGUGCGUAUUACUACACAUUGCAGAUCAGAAUGACAGCUGCAGUUGUGUUCAACUUUCAAGUGUAAAACCGUUAAAAUCACGGUUUCUCUCAAAACUAACAACAUUUUGUGUUUGGUAAAGGUAGUAAAUUGAGAAAAGGAGACGUUAAAACUAAAAUAAUCACAGUAGUAAACACAUUUGGGAGGUAUGAAUUUUCGUUGAUCAAAGAACACGAAACCGGAUAUAGAUCAAUUAAUUACUCCACACGGACGGUCGUGCAACAGACUUUACUAAAAUGGACAAGCUACGCCGGGCUCUGAGUGGUCAGGAGAGUCAAGAGAGUCAGGCGGAACAAGGAGGGAUCACGGAAAUAAUUGACUCGACGUCUUUGUCGUGGUCCACAAGGGUCAAAGGAUUCGCGAUCUGCUUCGUCGUGGGGUUCGCUUUCUCAAUUUUUGGCUCGCUACUCUUCUUCCUGGGGAACAAAGUGGGUUUCGGAAUCUGCUACUCGUUUGGGUCCAUCAUCUCAAUCUUUUCGUCCAUGUUUCUUAUGGGGCCAGUAAAUCAGAUAAAAAAGAUGUUUGACGGAACUCGUGUCAUCGCAGCGAUCAUAAUGUGGGCUUCGAUCAUUCUAACGUUAUUCUUUGCAUUUAAGACAGGAAAAGGUGGGCUCGUCCUCUUGUUCGUCAUUAUCCAGUUUUUGGCUAUGACAUGGUAUUCCUUGUCUUACAUCCCUUAUGCAAGAGAUGCAGUGAAGAAAUUCUUCUCUGGGGUCUGCCUUUAAUAAGUUAUGGUCUUAAAUGACGAUAAAUUUGAUAUCAACUAUUAUUUGAAGACACAAAUUUUACUGUGGGGGGUUAUUCAUAUUCAUACAUAUCCUCAUCAAUAUCAAUACGUAUGUACAAUACGUAUAAUUAGAAUAGAACACACGUAGAAGUUUAUACUUUGUGUAUGGUCACUUUUUACCAAGUUCAAAACUUCGUCAGGGUGUAUUAUUAUUAUAUAAUUACAAAUAUGGAACUUUUCGUACAGACUGAGUACUUUUUUCUUGUUUAUUGUUGCCGUAUUAUUAAUUGUUUAUUGGUAUUUAAGAAUAUAUUUGUAUGUACAUAUAUUAAGUUAGCAUUACACAACUGGUCCUUAUACAGAUAGACAUGGGUUUGUAGUCGAACCUAUGAAUUACUUGCAAACUUAUUAAUUUAUAAUUGCGUAAAUAUAAUCAAUUUUAUUUCAAACUC